AUGUCUGGAAAACGUCCAUCUGCCUCCUCUGGUGAGCCUAAACAUAAAAAGGCAAGAAAAACAAUCGUAAUGGACAUCAAAUUAGAUGUGGUCACUUGCCUUCAGAGUGGAGAGCGUGUGUCGGAUGUGGGCCACGUGCUGGGUUUAAAUGAGAGCACUGUUCGUACCAUUCGAGACAAUGCUGAGAAGAUAAAGAACAGUGCUCUCUCAGGGACAUCAGCAAGUGCAACGAAAACCUCUUAUGUUCGGUGUUCUAUAAUGGAGCACAUGGAAAGGAAGCGUACCGGUAGUAUGUGGAUUGAAGAUCAAAAUCACCGCAAUAUACCAGUCAGCAUGUUACUAGUCCAGGCAAAAGCGCGUGCAAUAUAUGAAGAACUACAGAAGGAUGAAGAAGGCCCAGUGAAACCAUUCAGUGCUAGUUCUGGUUGGUUCGGCAACUUAAAGCGAAGAUACGGGUAUCACAACAUCAAGGUGAGUGGGGAGACUGCAUCUGCCGAUGUCUUGGCUUCCGAGCAGUUCGUCUGGACUCUGAAGGAUAUUAUUGAGGAGGGAGGCUAUUCUGCAAAGCAAAUUUUCAAUCUCGAUGAAACUACUCUAUUUUGGAAGAGAAUGCCAACACAAACGUUUAUCUCUCGCGAGGAAAAAGCAGCACCAGGCUUUAAGGCUUCUAAGGAUCGUUAUACAGUUUUAGUGUUGAAAGUGAACCUGUGUAAAACCAGAGAAAACAUUGUGGGUUUGGGAAAGAAAGUAGGUCUUGAAGAGGUGGAGUUAAAAGACGUCCAGGAGUUAUUAGACUCUCAUAAAGAAGAACUUUCGCCCCAAGAUUUGCUUGUCUUAGAAAAACAGUGGGAAGAAGAAGAAGAAACAGAGAAGAAAGAGGAGCCUAAGGUUGUUCGGACUCUAACAGCAAAGCGGUUGACAAAGGCAUUCACUUAA